AUGAUUAUGUUUAAAAAAAAUUUGAUUGUAUGAUUUUUGUAACUAAGUAUGAAAUAGUAAUUGAUAUGAUAAAAUAAGUUGAGAGGUGGAUUAAAAAUAGAGAGGAGAAGAAAGAUAAAAUAUUUUAGUAGAUGGUGUGAAAUAUAAAAUAUAAAUAAUUUUUUGUUGCGUAUUUAACUUGAUGAAAAUGAAUAAUUGUCAUAUAAAAUUAGAUGA